GAGCCGCCUGUCAGUCUCCACGGGGAGACCCGCCCCUCUCUCCUUUGCGGGACGGAAGCGAGCGGUUGCGCUCCUUUGCGGUCCCUCCUCCCCUCCGCCGUGCGCUGGUCCGGGCCCGCCGAGUCGGGAUGAGCCGCGCGUCGCCAUGGAGACCAAACGGGCCGAGAUUCCCAGCAGCGUCCUCGACGACCUGUGCAGCCGAUUUAUUUUGCACAUCCCAAGUGAGGAGAGAGACAAUGCGAUCAGAGUGUGCUUUCAGAUUGAACUUGCCCAUUGGUUUUACUUGGAUUUCUACAUGCAGAACACACCAGGAUUACCUCAGUGUGGGAUAAGAGAUUUUGCUAAAGCUGUCUUCAAUCAUUGCCCUUUUUUACUGCCUCAAGGUGAAGAUGUGCAAAAGGUUUUAGAUGAGUGGAAGGAAUAUAAAAUGGGAGUGCCAACCUAUGGUGCAAUUAUUCUUGAUGAGACACUUGAAAAUGUACUGUUGGUUCAGGGAUAUUUAGCAAAAUCUGGCUGGGGAUUUCCAAAAGGGAAAGUAAAUAAAGAAGAGGCUCCACAUGACUGUGCUGCUCGAGAGGUGUUUGAAGAAACUGGUUUUGAUAUCAAAGAUUACAUCUGCAAAGAUGACUACAUUGAGCUGCGAAUCAACGACCAGAUAGCACGAUUGUACAUCAUUCCAGGAGUUCCAAAGGACACAAAAUUCAAUCCCAAAACCAGAAGAGAAAUUCGGCAUAUUGAAUGGUUCUCAAUUGACAAGUUACCAUGCCAUAGAAAUGACAUGACCCCAAAGUCCAAGCUAGGUUUGGCACCUAACAAGUUUUUCAUGGCUAUUCCCUUUAUCAGACCAUUGAGAGACUGGCUUUCUCGAAGGUAUGGAGACUCCUCUGAUAGUGACAAUGGAUUCUCAUCUACUGGGAGCACGCCGUCCAAACCCAGCUUGGAAAAAGUGAGAUCCAAACUUCGUUAUAGUCAGCAGGUGUUUGCAGAUGGGCCUUUAGGAGACCAGUGGACAAAGCACAGGCAGCCACAACCACAGAAGCCAUAUAAUCAUUCUGAGAUGUCUGAAGUUUUAAAAAUUAAGAACGUGAGGGGCAAUGGUAGAAAGCAAUAUCAAGACGCUUCUAACCAAAAGAAGAGGACAAAUGGGGUCCACAGCCAACCAGCUAAACAGAACCACACACUGAAAUGUGAAAAAAAGCUUAAUCCACGAAGACUUCAGGAUAAUUUUGAAACGGCAGAUGCAGCCUAUGACAUGUGUUGCUCCAGUGAAGACCCGCUGCUAGAACAGACAGAGGGAGACUCUGUGGCAUGUAAUGGCCAUUACAAAUUCACUUUCUCAUCGAGAGCUUUCUUGAGCUUCAAGUUUGACCAUGAUGCCAUCAUGAAAAGUUUUAACCUCUGACAGCAAGCCUGUUCUAGAGGAACAAAAAUCAAAGACUUGCCUGUUGCAGUUGAGUGGGUUUUUAAUCCAGCCUUACUUUUUCUCAGGAGUUUUCUGUGUGUUUGUUUUAAUGCAAUGCAGGGACUGGUAUGGUGAUCUAAAGGGUUCAUUCUUUUUGCAGUAUGGGAGUGGCAGUGAAGUGUUGCACUUUAAAUGCAGUAUAGCCUUUACCUACAAAAGUACCUUUCCAGUGUUUAGUUUGCUCGUUCCUAGCUGUACAUUAGAGGGCAUUCUUUUCUGUUUGUUUGUUAAAACUUGCUGCACAUUUAGAUUUGUCAUUCAUUGCAAUAUUUUAGUGUUGGCAGUACACUAACACUGAACUUUUAGCCUGCUAUGAUGUAAAGCUGUUGCAAUAUUCAGUCUUUAUUCUCCAGUACUUGGCAAUAGUAUAGCAAUGGCAAAGAAAGUAAUUCUCAGAGGACUCCUGUAUUCUCUAUCCCAGUAAUGGCAAAACCUAAAGUUGCACAUUUCUCCUCCCCAGUUGUCUGCCUAGACUGUCUUCUCUUUAUAUUGAAACUUGUUUCAAAAUGACUUGCAAUGAGUAGGAUUCAAAGUUAUAUCCUUUGGGUUAUGUUUUGCCAUGACUUGCAGCUUUUCUUUUUUUUUUUUUUUUUCCUGUGGCGAUACCUGUGAUGGACAGAACUUGCCACUUCACAUGGCGUAGCAUCAUAUCUUUGUCCGCAAAAACUGUCUGACUGGAAGAAAAUCACCUGCAGUUUCUGUUUAGUUGCAGCUAAUAUCAAGAAAUUAGGAGACGCUAAUUUCUGUGAGAGGGGAUUCUUGUGUAACAUUUUUUAUAUUCAAUAAUAAUCUAAAAUACCCUCUAAUCUUGGGAGGGAGGAAGCAUCCGGGCAAAUGUCUGACUGGAUAGAGAAUACCUUACGUGCCGCUUAUAGGUUUGCAAUAACCUUUUUAAGUGUCCAUUAUAGUGUUUUACACUGUCCUUAGGGGUUUUUAGUGUAAUGUAUGUUUAUAUAUCCAAUAGUAUUGAAUUUUAUAUUGCACUUGCAUCUCAGUGUCUGAAAACUGUAGCUGAGAAUGACUGAAGCUACAGCCUUUUAAUAACAAUAUAAAAGAUGUGAAAAAUUAGCAGUAGCAAUUCAGGGGAUGCAUUAAAAAAUACUAGUCCUACAUUCUGAUCCAGCUGAGCGAGUUUAAAUACUUACAUUUUAACUUACUGCAGAGGAUCUUACAGGGGAACAUUUAUCUUGGCAAUGAACAACUGUAUUUUGUAUAUCUUCAAGUGAACUGUUCUCUGAAAUAAAUAAAGGUUAGUGGGUGUGUGAUUUGGAGGGCUGAAUGCCUUAAUUGACUUUGGUCAUUCCAAGGCUGAGUCUUCUGACCAGAGAAUGUAUAUUCACUCACGGACAGCCUUUUUUAUCUCAUGCAAUCUCUGUGUUCUUGCAAGUACCCGUGUUGCCUGUUAGUUUGUUUUAGUCCUCAAUAAGUAGUUACACAGCUUAUUUUUUACCUUCACCUUCUUGCCUCUCCCCUUUUUGGGGCCAUGCAAUUUAUGAGUUUUUAAUGAUGGUAAAAUAUUUUGUUAGCUGGAGAAGCUAGACUCUUACCUUUUCGUUAAUAGGAGAAAUUGACUUCAACAUUUUUCCCAUUUGGAUCAGAAAGUCUUGAAAUUACUUGGUUUAAAGCCAUUUUUCUUGGCUUGCUAGGCUCUUACUGAAAAAAA